AUGUCCACCCCGGCAGAGACUCAGCAAGAGGCUGCUGCGCCCGGCCGUCUGCUGCUACUCUCGAACCGUCUGCCCAUCACCAUUAAGCGCUCCGAAGAUGGCAGCUAUACCUUUUCCAUGUCCUCUGGUGGCCUUGUGACAGGCCUGAGCGGUCUGAGCAAGACCACCAGCUUCCAGUGGUAUGGAUGGCCCGGUCUCGAGGUCCCCGAGAACGAGGUCGAUGGCAUGAAGAAACGCCUCAAAGCAGAGUACGGCGCGCAUCCCGUCUUUAUCGACGAUGAGCUCGCUGACCGCCACUACAAUGGGUUUGCCAAUUCUAUCCUCUGGCCGUUGUUCCACUAUCACCCCGGUGAAAUCACCUUUGACGAGUCUGCCUGGGUCGCCUACCAAGAAGUCAACCGCCUCUUUGCGCAGACUGUCAUCAAAGAUGUUCAAGACGGUGAUCUAAUCUGGGUGCACGACUACCACCUGAUGCUUCUGCCCCAGAUGCUGCGGGAGGAAAUUGGCAACUCCAAGAAGAACGUCAAGAUCGGCUUCUUUUUGCACACGCCAUUUCCAAGUAGCGAAAUUUACCGCAUUCUGCCCGUCCGAGAGCCUCUUCUCACAGGUCUUCUCGAUUGCGACCUGAUUGGAUUCCACACAUACGACUACGCGCGCCACUUCCUUAGUAGUUGCUCGCGUAUACUCGGCACCCCCACCACCCCUAACGGUGUCGAUUGGAACGGCCGCUUCGUGACUGUCGGGGCGUUUCCUAUUGGAAUAGACCCCGAAAAGUUUGUCGAGGGGCUGAAGCAACCCAAGGUGCAGGCGCGCAUCGCAGCUCUGAAACGCAAGUUUGAAGGCGUGAAGCUCAUUGUCGGCGUCGAUCGUCUCGACUACAUCAAGGGUGUGCCGCAAAAACUUCAUGCCCUCGAGGUUUUCCUCACGGAGCACCCCGAGUGGAUUGGCAAGAUUGUCCUCGUCCAGGUUGCCGUGCCCUCACGCCAGGAUGUCGAAGAGUACCAGAACCUUCGUGCCGUUGUCAACGAGCUCGUCGGCCGCAUCAACGGCAAGUUUGGCACCAUUGAAUUCAUGCCCAUCCACUUUUUGCACCAGUCCGUGUCCUUUGACGAGCUGACAGCGCUCUACGCUGUGUCGGACGUGUGCCUGGUGUCUUCCACUCGUGACGGCAUGAACCUCGUCUCGUACGAGUACAUUGCCACGCAGCGCGAGAAGCACGGCGUCAUGAUCCUCAGCGAGUUUACCGGCGCCGCGCAGUCGCUCAACGGCAGUCUGAUUGUUAACCCCUGGAACACGGAGGAGCUGGCCAACGCCAUCCACGACGCCGUGACCAUGAGCCCCGAGCAGCGCGCCGCCAACUACAGCAAGCUCGAGCGCUAUGUCUUCAAGUACACGAGCGCUUGGUGGGGGGCCACCUUUGUCGCUGAGAUGACGCGCCUCAGCAACGAGGAGUCGCAGGCAAAGACGAUUCGCAACGUCUCGGGUGCCGUGGUCAGCUCGGGCCAAAAGGCACUGACAGAAGAGCCCGAGAACAAGGAGCCGGAGGCGAAUCAAGCAGAAUGA